AUGCCUCGAGCCUCCAAGGUCUGCUGGGCCUGCGCAGAGUUCCCGAUGGAGAAGAGACCCCCCGCCUGCCCCAAGCAGGCCUGGAUGGAAGACAGCUCUUCCCAGGAGAGCCGCUCUCCAGGUCUGCAGCUUCCAUCCUCCUGUGAGGUGACCACCAUGCAGCCCCUGAAGCUGGCCAGGAGCUGCAAGGGAAGGCUGUGCCAAGGCAGUGGACAGAGAGCUGGGUGGAGGGCAGAUAUCCUUUGCUCCCUCCUCUCGCUGGACCCUCUGCAGCUCUCCCUGCUCUUCCCCCCCUUAGAUGCCAGCUGGUUGCCCAUCUACAAGGAGGAGCAGGAAGCUGUUGAUUCCAUCCUGGCCUUUGUCACCAGCCCCAACAAGGAGGAGAGAGACAAGGCCACAUUUCUUCGGAGCAUCUCCGUGCUGUGCCGAAGCGCCCUGAAGCAUGGCCUGACCCAGGGCCUGGACCUGUUCUGCGACAUGUACCAGCUGGCAGAGAACAUCACGGCGCUGCUGGAAGAAGAACCAAGGGACCUGCUGCGCACAGACCUUCGGCAUCUUUCCAUGCUGGCUCUGGAGAAAUUGAGCUUGGUGGACACAGCGCUGGAGGGCAAAGCCAAAAGCCUCCUCCGUGCGUGUUUCUCAAGUGUCUUCUGGCUGCCUGCAGAGAAGGAGAUGCCAAAAGGGGACCUUGCCCUCUACAUCAAGACCCUGAACUCCAUGGACAGCAUGCUGAGGACAAUGGUGCUCAGCUUUCCUGCCUCUCGAGUCAGCGAGGAGCUGCAGGGCAUCUUGGAGCUGCUGCUGGACUUCACCAGAUGCAAGAGAGAGGCUGUGAGGGAGAGGGCCAUGGCAAGGAUCGAUGUGCUGGCCUGUGUGCUGUCCGACUAUUCCACUCUGCAGGCCCAUGCCAACGUCAGAAGAGGCACUGCUGGACCUGUCUGCUCUGGGGAGAUCCAGCUCCCAUUCCUAGGAAAGCUGCUGGGGCGUCUCAUCCUUUUCCGGUUCUCUGAGGAGCCGACAAGCUGUGCAGCUUUCCAUGCUCUUUUUGCCCUGGCUGAGUUCAUCUUUGAAUCCAGGCUAAAGGACAGAGCAGGCCAAGUCCACCGGAAAGCUGUGACCACCUCCGUGCUGUGUUCUCUGAGCCCCAGGGACUGUGCCAAGGCCUUUGGAAAAUACCUGCAGUCCCACGAGAGGACAGAUGUCAUCCUCGUGGCCAUCGAGGCGUUGGGAGAUGCCAGCAUCCUCGACCAGCAGGUGCCCAGCAGCCUGCUGGAUGUGGCCUUGGAGGACCCGGAUGUCUGGCUGACAGAUGUAAGUGGGCUGUGGCUGCAUUGCGCCCAAGAUAGUCAGCAGCAUCCUUGA